AUGGUACCGUUAGCAGAUCUCAUGCAAAAAAUGAUUGAAAUUCAGGAUACCCUCCCAUUUAUUCGAAGAUUGGAAACUAUUUUUGAUAAGCAGGAUGAAAAAAUGAGCAAUAUUAACUACAAAAUUUCUAAGUUUAUGGACUCAAAUGAAAUCAACACAAAGCUAGACAUUUUUGAACAAGAUCUAUUCCUUAAACUUUAACAUAAACUAGAGAAAAUGGAAAAUAAGCUCUGCGUAAUAGUUGACAUGAAAGCAAAUAAAUAGGAGGUCAAUGAUUAUAUCAAAUGCAAAGCAAACUUUACUGAUCUGUAAAGAGCAUAAGAAAGAAUUCUAUAGAUCGAUAUGUAGCUUAACGGAAUGCUGCAAUCACAGGAUUCGGGAUCAUCUCAUAUGAGAGAAACGCUUAAUAGAGUUGUUGCGGAUCUAGAGAGGACUUAGUCAGAUAUCGCAAGGUUUGCUAAAUCUGAUGAACUUCUUGGUAUGGAACAAAAAAUAAAGAGUCUUGAGGACUUUAUGCUUGAAAAUUUGGCUUCAAGCAUGAAAAAUCCAAUUGAAAAUUCAAUAGACGAUGAAAAAAAGUAGUUCAAGGUCAAGAAGCACAUUAACCAACAUGGGUAUGGUGAGGACUAUCUAAAUUUAGUAAAAAGAAGAUAUGAAGGAAAGGCCCCCAAUCAAAUCCCUUUAAAAGAAAAAGCAAGCUACCUUUAAGUACAGAAUAAUGAGAUUGGAGAUAAAAUUUUAACGCAUGAGCAAAUUUCAUAAAACCUACUGAAUUAAAUAGAUUUUCUAAGAAAAGAAUUGCAAUCCCAAGGAAAAUAGGUCCAAGAAAGCUUAAAUCAUGUGAAAAAUGUCAACGAUUUCAUUGAAACAGCUAGAUAGGAUUAAUAAAGAAUGGAGGAGCAUUACAGCCAAGCAUAAAAAGAAUAAAAAUCCCUGUUUGAAAAAAACAAGAAACUUGAGGAAUCUCUAGUUAAUCUUAGAUAGGAGUAGAAAAGGUUAUCUGAAAGAGGAUAAAGAGAUCAUGAUGAUUUUUCACAAAAGUUGAUGAAACUAGAAGUGAAUGCUGAAACUCAGCAAAGGGAAAUAGAAUUGCUUAAGCAAAUGAGGCGAUAAAUCCUGGAUAAACUAGAAUCUGAGACUUUUAAAAUGAACGAUAUGAGAACUAAAAUUGAACAUAAGUCUUAAGAGUAUGAUAAGAAAAUCAGUAAGAUAGCAUAAGAGCUCAAAAAGCUUAGAGAAAAUGUGGAAUUCGAGCUUGAUAAAUUAAGAGAGCCAUUAGCUAUUGAAAUAAAUAAGAUGAGGCAAGAAAAUGAACAGCUCCAUUAAGCUUUUGAGAAUACAAAGAAUGACUAUAGAGAUUUAAGUGGAGGUUUCUUGAAAAUACUUAGUAAUCAAUAAAGCUAUGGAAAUAUGUCAAAAAUAACUGACUCACCUCAAGAUGACAUCCAAUCAAUGAUACCUAAACUAAAAGACUAAUUCCUUAACAAGCAAGUUAUGCAAAAGACAUUUUAUUCUGAGACUUAGAGAGUUAACUCUCCAUUUUCCACUGUUUAGCCAUUUAAUACGGAUGAUAAGGUUUCAACUUUAAAUAUUGUACCUUUGCCUGAUAUCCCUAAAAUAUUUUUGAAAGCUUAAAUCAAUUAGCAUCAAUAAUCAUAAGGUCUCAAUAGUAACAGGUCAUGCUCAACAGCCAGAACAUCAAAUCAAAAGAAUAGCUUUACUUAUCACAGAAAAGCAGCUGUUAUUGACCACUAUAAAUAGCUCUAAUUGAAUGGAAAAGGGGAUAAUGAGAUAACCACACCUAGAAUAUUUGAAAAUUCUUAAGAUGAAAAAGAAUCAAUGAAUGUUACAGGAAGUGGCUGGCUGGCUCCAAGCUCAGUAACCAGAUCCCAUAGUAAUAAGCAUUUAAUGAGUCCAAAUUCAUUGAAAGCUACUGCAAAUAAGACUGGAACCUUUUUGGAGGGCUAAAAAUUGAAGAAAUUUAAACACUUAAUGGAGAGCUCAUAGAAAAUUGAUGAAGAGGAUGUAGCUAGAGAAGGCGACACUAAACAAUAUCAUCCAUUGACAAGUAGAAAUCAUAGUAAUCAAUAAUUACUUAAAGCUGCUAUUGGCCAAUCUAACAACUCUAAAAAAGUGAAUAAAUCUUAAGAUAGAAAAAGCUUAUCAAUAGGCUAAGACAGACCAAAGACUGAUCUUGGAAGAAUUUGA